CUGCUACUUUCGAUCAUUACCAGCUACAGAGAACAAAACGAAGAACUUACCAACGGUGUGCUUUGUGAAAAGAUUCUGUGAGCACAGUACAUAGCACAUGGGCUCUGCAAGUAGCACCAUGUUUGGGAGUUCCCAGAGAAAGGGAAGUCGAGCAAGCUCUAUUAAACAAGCUGCACCCUCAGCUAAAGGAGAUGACCAGCUCAAGCUGCAGUCAUCUCAGAAGCUUGGAAAGCCUCGCAACAAUGGAGAAGACUCACCCACAGAACCAGCAGCUCCCAAGAGAACAACGGAUGGUCAGACUCAGAGAAACAACGACAAUGAUGCAAGCCUCCCAAAGACAUCAGCUCCACAAAAUGAUGCUCCUGUGUUGAAGGAUGAAUCUGAUCAAGAGUCUAAAAAUUUAAAAGCUGAUCUUGAAAGAGAACUACUCAAGCUGGAUUUAAAUCCUCAGAAUCUACUUUCGUGCAUGAAGCUCUUAACAGAAAAUCAAAAUUUGUGUGAAGCUUUCAUGAGUGGAGUUAAAAGUGUGAUACAUUUGAGAGAUGGUGACAAAACUCAGCUUGAAAAAUAUCUUCAGAUUUUGAACGAACAUUUUCAUAGUGCUACCCCAAAAAACAGAACGCUAUUGGCUGAUUUCGUUGCUCACUUGAAUUUUUGUGAAGAUUCAUAUAAAAUCAGUCGAAGUAUUCUUGAUCAAGCAGGCCUUGUAAAUUUCAAUGAUACGUUUGUUGUUGGCUUGAGAAAAAUGUUAGAGGUUGACAUCUCGUGUCUGACCUACCUGCGAUAUCACUGGUGGAAUUUUUCUGAUAGUAGCACAAAAUUUGCAGCAGGAGCUGCCACAGUCGGAAUUUUAAAGGAACUUGUCCAAGAUAUUGUAAAUCUUGUGGGGACUGAUGGAAAGAAACUGAGGCACUCAUUGACUUUUGAGACAGCAAUUGGGACUUUGCACAACAUGGCAAAACUUCCAGACUUGAGACAGAUGUUCAGAGACCUAGAAGUGGUUACCGUUUUAGGACAUUUCCUGGACUAUAAAGAGGAGACAAAGGUGACAAUGCUAGUGCUAUUGACCUUGUCACUCAUCAUUGAUGAGGAUCAGAAUCAUCUACUCAUAUCACAUGAUGCUGUUCUUGACCUGGUGAUAAUGUUGACGGUGCGAGCGUGGAAACUAUCAGAACAUCGAUAUGAUGGAUUUUCGGCAGAAGAAUUGAUUCAAGGCUUGAGCGGAUUCAGCAGAAAUGAUGAAAUAAAAAAACUACUUGUUAACAAAGGUGUGUUGAGCUUGGUUUUGACCAUCUUAACAACGGGUGAUGAAAAGGAGAUUGAGGCAGGUGCCAAUCUGUUGUGGCAAUUGUCAUUUGAUGAGGAGAACAAGAGCAAAAUAAAGGAUGACAAAGAGCUUAUGGAGGCCAUUGAAACUCUGAGCAGAAAAUCAUCAAACAAAAAGAUUACAAGAGCUUUGCAAGGCACCUUGUGGGUCCUAAAAAUGGGAAAGAGAGAAAUAGAAGCCCCGCAUAAAAAGAAAAAGUUGGCCCAACCUGAUUCAAGUACUACAUCGAGCAAUCUGCAUAUUAUGAUAAGCUACAACUGGUCAGAUCAGAAGAAACUCAUUGAGGUUCGCGACUCUUUGAAGUCACGAGGUUACAACAUGUGGAUGGACAUUGAUAACCUCAGCGGCUCCACCCUUCAGGGCAUGGCAGAAGCUGUGGAGCAGUCAGAAAUUGUUCUGGUGUGCAUGUCGGAGAAAUAUAAAGAAAGCCCAAACUGCAGAUCUGAGGCAGAAUAUGCUUUUUCUUUGCAAAAGCCAAUCAUCCCAUUAUUGAUGCAGCUUGAGUAUAAACCAGAUGGAUGGUUAGGUAUCCUUCUUGGGACGAAACUUUUCUUCAAUUUUUCAGGAAAAUAUCCGUUUGAAGAGAAAAUAAAUGACCUCGUGAAAGAAAUUGGACAGAGAGGAAAGUUGCUGGAAGUUCCAUCUGUUGACCAUCCAGAUGGUGCCAUAGUAAAGGCAAGUGCAGCUCUGGUCUCAAGCCCACCACAGUCUUCAGCUUCAGAUUCAGCAACGCUUAAUGUUGUAGACUGGAUAACGGAGAACAAAUUGGGAAAGUAUGCAUGCCUGAGAAGUCUAACCAGUGAACAACUACUUUUCUUGAAAAAAUUGUCAUCAAGGGCUCCAGAAUUUUAUUACAGUUUUAUCUUGGAUCUUCUGAGUGGAAAAGUUAGUGAAAGUGAUUUGGCUGGGUUAAUUGCCAUUACUGGAGCAGUUGAAAAAAUUAAAAUAUCAAGAUGAUCAAGUCUUCUCAAGAGCAGCCCAUUGAUAAUACCUUGUUUUCACUUCUGAAAUUAAAUCCCCCAUUGAAAAGGCACAGGCUGCUAUCACGUCUUUAAACAGGAUUUGGGGGACAAGGGAUUCUCACUCAAAGUAAAGCAUAUAUAUGAUUUUCAACUCAAAUGUUAAGUUUUAUUGUAUGGAAGUGAGACAUGGAAUGCAUCUCAGACUUGCAUACAAUGAGGAUCCAGGUUUUCAUCAACAAGUAUCUGAGAAAGCUAAUGGAGAUCAGAUGAACAGACAUUGUCACCAAGGAGGAAGUAAAUAGGAGAACAAGACAGAGCCCAGUUGAAGAUGAAAUGGGAAGGAGAUGGUGGUCAUAGAUUGGACAUACCGUCAGGAAGCCAUGCAGCUGCAUAACAAAGAAAGUGUUGGAUUGGAAUAAACAGGGCAAGAGAUUAAGAGGAAUUGGAUCACGUGGAACCUCGAGAAAAGUCACAGAGAAUAAUGUACUAAAAAGUGGAAAGACAUGGAAUAAGGUCAAGAGGCUAGCCUGAGAUAAGGAAACAUGGAAAGUGUAUGUCUACAGUGAGUGAGAAAGGCAAAGAUGAUCAUUAUUUUACCCGUCAUUACCUGAAGUAAGCUUUUCUUUUCAAACGAUUAGGGUACAAAAGUUUAUCCCAGUAGAUUGGCAGAGCCUCUUUAUUUUCGUCUUAUGAUAUCCCAAAAUUCUAAGAUCAUGCUCCUGAAAGACUUAAGGUGAAGGCACUAAGUACUUGUAAAAUUUUAUAUUAAAAAAUACUGUUUGGCUCAAAAUUCCUGUAACUUUCUCGUACAACGUCUUACGAUUUCAAAUCCCUCUUUAUUCUAUGCAUUGCAACUUCCCUUUUAAAACGCUCUGAAAAAAAUUCCAGUAGACCAAAUUAACACAAUAGAAUUUUAAGUCGUUUCAUCAUUCCUCUCGGCUGAUUCUCACCCUUUCCUUUUUUUUUCUCUCAGAGUAGCCUACCAUCGUCAAUACUCUUCUUAAAACAUGCUUUCAAUUAACUGAAAAGAUCCCUUCUGUCCCACUUCCUGUGAACAGCGGGUUGCAAGAGAAUGGCUUUGCUUCAUGGGACAGGGAGAUGAGAUAUUGGAAAGCUAACAAUCAUCCUAAAUUUAAAAUUUAAUGGUCAUGCCCUGCUUUUUUUGUUUUUUCUUAGAGAUUGUCUUUAUAAUGUGCAGCUAUGAUUUAUCAACUCCACGUCUUUUAAUUUGUUUUUGUCCUUAUACCUGAGUAGUAGUGUGGAAAACCAUAAAGUUAACAGCUACAACUUCCCGUGAACUUUGUUCUAUGUGGUCAAGGGAACAAUCUGAGGUUGAAAAUAAAGUAUAAAGUUUCCUUCUUUUUUUUUUUUUUUCCAAAGGUUGGAAGCUGUGAUUGUGUUAGGAAUUAUAACUUUAAAAAUAUGUUACACAAGGCCUAGCAUCUGAUCUGAACUGUAAACAGUAAGAAAGGAGUCCCCCUUCCUUUUUUGUUCUUUUCAUUAGCCGUCUACUUAUCAUGAAAUCUGCUCAGCACAAAGAAAUUCUGUGAUUGUGAAGUUUGUUUGAUCAAAGUUGUACUGUAUAUUCUUGUUAUCAGACUGACAGUCUGUUUCAUAUGUGCAUGUUGAUAUGCUUGACAAACUAACAAAGCAGUCAGAGUCUCUGUCAGAGAGAAUAAAUAUCAAUGACAGAUGCAUUUGAUGCAGUUCAAUAUUGUCCUUUGCUAAAAGAAAUUCACAACAUGUUCAUUUUCACCUACCCAGAGAGAGCCCUUUUGUCUUUUUUUCUAUCAACGCACUACUUGUUUGUUUGUAUGUGUUACAUGAUCUGAAUGGAGGCUGGAAUAAUGAAGUACUGCUUAAAGAGAGAAUUAAGUAUGUAAAGAUCUCUUGUCAGCAUUUGUAGUUUCAGAAUUGGGAAAGGAAACAGCAAAUUAUAAUUCAAUGUUACGCAAGGGAAUGGGAGGUCAUCAUAUUGUCGAGGAAUACAGGUUAACGAAGAAUAUUGAUUAAGGUUCUCCACCUGCUUAGCUUGGUUCCAUCAAAAAUGGACGUUAGGAGAUCCAGUCUUUACGUAAGCCUACAGCUUUGAAAGGAGAGCUAAACCCAUUCGAUACAAUAGAUGUACCAGUUUGGCUUAGCUGAUCAUGAGAGACAAUGUAAAGUUUUGAUAUUGAAUCCAAGUGAGGUUUAAAUUGUUGACAUUGCUCCUGGAAUAAUUUCCUCUUCCCUUUUCUGAAGCUUAGUCAGAGCUCCUAAUGGUGCACUUUUAAAGUCACUUAAAUUGUAAGUUACUUUCUUUGUGGUUAUCUUCAUUAUUACACAUGUAAAAAAGAAUUGAAUUCUCACAUUUCUCUCUAUUUGUACAUUUUCUUUUUCUCUUCAGUGCCAAUAAGUAUUUGUGAUAUUAAAAGUUAUGGAACUUUGUCUUUACAACAAAGGGUAAAGCUUAUAAUUCAUUUGUUUCUUCACUAGCAAGAUUUCCAUGUAUUAGUCAUUAUAAUUCAAGUACAUGAUGUUCGUGCUGUUUCAGGAUCAGGAAAGCUAAAUAUUUUUUUAUUUCUUUUCUAACUUUAUAUACACUUUAUUUAUGUACUGAUUCAAAAAUGCUCAAUUAGUGAUAAUUAUAUAUAGCCUUAUAUGUUUUCAAGUGCUGUAUAUGCACUUUCAUUCUAUUCUUCAUUUGAUUCAAUUUUAACAUGUAUGCAUCUGAACGUCCUUCUGUAUUAUGUCUGCCUGUCUAUCAGUGCCUUUUUGUCUGUCUCUUCCCUCUGUAUAGAGGUCAUACAACUCAAAAAGAUGAGAGGGUUGCCCUGCUGCAAAUGUGAAUUUUAAUACAACUCCUCAAUUUUAAAUAGUUGGUCAUGGAGCCACAA